AUGUCAGUAGCCAGAGUACAAACAGCAAAGGAGGAAGGACAGGAGUCAUCAGAACAGAUGACCCCUAUUUUGACUACAACAGCAGUGAGAAAAGAUAUUAGCAGGCUGCAGCAGCAGCCACAGACUGACUGGAGCAGUGCUAGAGAUGCCACAAGGCUCACUGAGCAGGAAGCAUACCAGGCUCAUCAAGCUCAGUACAACCAACUGACCCUAUCAACUCAGUCCUCCUCCCAGAGAAUGAAGUACAAUGUGCUGACUCCCUUGCCAAGUACAUCCAGAAGCAAGCAUGAAUUGAGCAUGAGACUGCUAGGGAGGAUGCCCUCUUUGGGUGGUAUCUCUGAGCCCAAGACAGAGCAGACUGGAGGAGGGGCUCAGAGAGCCUUGAGACCUCCACCAUUGAUUGUACUCUUGUCAAUUUCCCUACCUCAUUCUGGGAGUCCAGUACUCCUAUCUUAUCUGAGCCCAACCCAUGGGCAGUACCCUCUGAAGGUGUUAUCCAUGUGGAUGACAUCCACUAAAGGGCAUCACUCAAUUUCAACAAUGACCACCUGCUAUCUUAUGGGACUGACAAUAUCCCAGACUGGGACAGAGACCUACCAAGUCACAGAGGAGACCUUGAGGGCAAUAAAGAGAAUAUUGACUCCACUGGAAAUCUCAAGCAGAUCUUGGACAGAUGCAUCAUGUCUCUCUUUCUCCAACCCCAAUUCUAUAGAAACUCCUGCCAAUAUCACCAAGCAGUUGCAGUGGAAGCAGCAAGGCACAAUGCUGAGGGGCAGCAGCAGUGAAGGUGAGACUCUUCUCCUCACCCUGGAUCUAGUGAUGCUGGACCCAGCAUCCAGCAGCAGCAGUCAGGUUGACCCAGACAUCUAUGAGCUGUGUGACAGUUCUCUCCUUGAGGGGGACAAGAGCAAGAUGGAUGAUGAGAAAGAGUCUGAGGGCAAGGACCCUCUCUCUGACUGA